CUCCCCAGCAGGGGCACCCCAGACCACAGGCGGGCGAGGCGGGUGGGGUGCGGUGCUCCAAGUCCAGGGCGCUCAGCACUGCUACCUGGACAUGGAGUCCUGCAACGUGGAGCUGAUUUUUGACCACAUAGGACACUUCGGCAGGUUCCAGAUAGUCCUGUAUCUGAUAUGUGCCUACCAGAGCCUCUCUUGUGGUAUCCACUAUCUGUCUUCUGUGUUCCUGUCAAUUAUCCCUGAGCAUGCGUGCAAGCCCCCAGGCAUGGUGCGGAAGGCUGUUUUCCACAACGUAUCUGCUUGGAGGUUGGAGGACAUAUUGGCUCUGAGGUCACCAGAGCACAAAGAUCACAUCAUGGUGGAGCUGCAGGAUGGGGAGAUCUGGGAACUCACGAGAUGUAGCAGGACUUGGAGGGAGAACGUGUCACGUUUGGGCUACGAGUACAGUGGUUAUAAGCAUGACAGUCCUUGUUCCGAUGGCUACGUCUAUGAUCAGAGCAAAUGGAGGAGUUCUGUGGUGAGAAAUUUCAACCUGGUCUGUGAUCAGAAAUGGUAUGCAAGAAUGAUCCAGCCCUUGAUUAUAUUUGGCGUGAUGCUGGGAUCAAUUACUUUUAGCUACCUUUCUGACAGAUUCGGAAGGCGAAUGGCCCUGUGGUGCACGAGCAUCGGCGUGUUCUUCUUUGGAAUAGCAUCCCUCUUUAUAUUUGAUUAUCUCAGCUUCAUGAUCACACGCUUUUUCCUUGUGAUGGCCUCAAGUGGCUAUUUUGUGGUGGUCUUUGUCUAUGUAAUGGAGAUCAUUGGCAAAAAGUCUCGCACAUGGGCAUCCAUACAUCUCAACACCUUCUUUGCUAUUGGAGCAAUGUUGGUGGCUUUGGCAAGCUAUUUGUUGAAAACGUGGUGGCUCUAUCAGAUCAUCCUGUGCAUCGUGACUACCCCCUUCAUCCUGUGCUGCUGGAUGCUUCCAGAGACUCCCUUUUGGCUCCUCUCUGAAGGAAGAUACAAGGAAGCACAAGGCACCGUGGACACCAUGGCUGUGUGGAAUAAGUCCAGCUCCUGUGACCUGGUAGAGCUCUUAUCCCUAGAUGUGACGAGGUCCCACAAUAAAAGCCCCCACAGCAUUAGGAAGCACAGACUAGCAGAUCUGUUUCAAAACCUGGACGUCGCAAAGAUGACCCUCAUCGUUUGGCUGGAUUGGUUCACGGCAAAUUUGGGAUACUACAUGUUUGGCAAGGAGGCUAUUCGGAGAAAAGAACAUGAUCCCCUUUACCUCCUCCUCGUGGGUGCUAUGGAAAUCCCUGCCUACAUCUGUCUGUGCAUCUGGUUGAAGAGGGUGGGAAGAAGGAAGACCAUGCUCCUCUUCCUCUUGGUGUCCUCGCUCACCUGUAUGCUGCAUGUGGCCAUGCCCUCGGAUUACAAGACUGCGAAAAGGAUGGCAGCUUUAGUUGUCAAGAGCGUUAUAAGUUCCGUGUUUGCCUUUAUUUAUCUUUAUACGGCGGAGCUGUAUCCAACAACCGUAAGGUGCUUGGCUGUAGGGAGCAGCAACAUGGUGUCCCACGUUUCAAGCAUCUUCAUCCCAUUCACCAGUCACUUCUCCAAAGUCUGGAUCUUCCUGCCGCAGAUUUUAUUUGGGAUCCUGGCCAUACUGAGUGGAUUGUUGUCAUUGAAGCUUCCAGAAACCCAGAACACAGCAAUGAAAUCUACUUGGGAGACGACUGAAGAGCAGGUGCCAGAAAACAAGGAUAGUUUAGGUGAAGGCCCUCCUGAUAUUUUUGAGAGAUGGGACUCAGGCAGAGCCCUUUCUUUUGCUGAGAGGUGGGGUUUAAGCAGAGCCUCUCCUGAUGCUGAGAAGUGGGGUUCAGGCAGAGUCCCUCCUGAGACUGAGAGGGGUGCUUCAGGCAGAGCUUCUCUUGAAGAUGAGGGUGGGGGUUCAGGCAGAGCCCCUCCUGAAAAGAACACUGAGAUGGAAAAUGAGAUAGAAGACAUGGAAGUGAGUAACCUGGGGGAUUCUGAUGGUGAUAAAUAAAUGUCUUCCAUGGUGCCCAGCACCCGGGAUGUUGGCAUCAGUCACUUUGUGUUAGAGAGGUGUUAUUCUUCCUUUCUACACGUUACUUAUGUAUCUGCAUAAAAAAUGUGAGAAAGUAUUAAACAAUUGUUUUGUAAAAGUAAAUGAAAUAAAACCAGUAUGUGUUGGA